AUGACGGCCGUUCUGUCCCCAUGGGCGUGUGACAGUGACCCGGCUACUCCUGCAGCCCAGUCCUUCAAGGAUGAUACUGGAGAAAAUUCAAACGAUGGCAGCCAACCAUCUAAAAGAUCACGAAUGAGCUCAGAGAAUAGUUCACAAAGUUAUGAAACAUCAAACCAAGAUCUUAGCUUUAGCUACUUUCCAGCGGAAAACCUGAUAGAGUACAAAUGGCCGCCUGCUGAAACGGGAGUAUACUACAUGCUUCAAGAGCAAGUCAGUGAAUACUUGGGUGUGACCUCCUUUAAGCGAAAGUAUCCAGAUUUAGAAAGCAGAGAUCUAUCUCACAAAGAGAAACUCUACCUCGGAGAACUAAAUGUCUCUGAAGGCGAAUGCGCUCUUGAAAACCAGGAGGAACCUCUGCUGGCAAGACCGAAAGCAAGAGAGAGAGAUUCCACUCCAAGAAAAGAGGGUUCCAAACGAUCUGUAUCCAAAUUGGUUCCUGGGUACAAGCCAAAGGACUUUCCAAAUGCUAUAUGUGGGAUUUGUCUGAAGGGUAAAGAGUCCAACAAGAAAGGGAAGGCGGAAGCCCUUAUACACUGCUCCCAGUGUGAAAACAGUGGCCACCCUUCCUGCCUGGACAUGUCUGCAGAGCUUGUGGCAAUCAUUAAGACCUAUCCCUGGCAAUGCGUGGAGUACAAGACAUGCAUCAUAUGUGGCCACCCUCACCACGAGGAAGAGAUUAUAUUCUGCGACGCAUCCACCAAGGCUAUCGCUGCAGUUGCAUACGCCAGACAGAGAGGCAUCAGUACCUGCUCUUCAGGAUUUGUGAUGUCAAAGACUAAAGUAGCACCCAUGGACUUUUCAGUGCCCAGAAGAGAACUCUGUGCCACUGCCUUAGCUACUCAGUUAAGGCAAACUGUCAGAGAAGAAAUAACUUAA